GAGCUCCUCAUGAACAAGAUUGAGAAGAAUGAAAUUGACAUUUUGGGUCUACGGGAGUUUGACGCGGACGUGACUAUGGGUUUGACUAAAUUGGCUGACCGCCCAGGUGAAGCGUCACCGAUUCAAAUACCACUGGAGCCGAGUCAAUACAACUCGGGCACUUUAAACGACGAGCAGUUGAUGGUCGAUGGCGACUGGUCCGUGCUCGACUGCUAUACGGGCUGGACAGAUGUGGCUUCUCAGGACAACGUUUACCUUGAUCUUCAGGAAGGGAUUGCAGACAUCCACUUCGCUGAAAUACUCGUUUCUACAACAUCAGUUGUUGGAGAUGAAAUUGCCGUUAAUACAUGUGUUGGGUUCUACUGCAACUACUACUGUGAGACGGUGGUUGUCGAGAGACCAGGCGAGUGGCACAGAGUCUACUGUGCAUCUCCUGGAAGCUUCAUCUGGAUCAGCAACUCUGUGGGAUUCUUGAAUGUAUGUGAAGUUCAAGUGCACGGAGUGCUGCUGUAAAUUCCAAACUGGAAUAACAGUUCUCAACAUGGACUGAACUAUAC